AAAUAAAGUCACGUGAUUUCGGAAAGCGGAAGUUGUCGUACGCCAUUGUUUUGUUUGUGAUAGACUAUUUCUUUGACUGUACAAAAUUAUAUUUCAUAGCUCUUUUUUUGAGUUUCCCAAUGUCCGGUCAAGGUACUUUACAGAAAGCCAUUGAGCUAGUUACAAAAGCAACAGAAGAGGAUAAGAAAAAAAACUAUGAAGAAGCUCUAAAGUGCUAUGAGCAUGCUGUUGAAUAUUUUCUCCAUGCAAUAAAAUAUGAAGCAACCAGUGAUAAAGCAAAAGAAAGUAUACGAAGUAAAUGCACACAAUAUUUAGAUAGAGCUGAAAAGUUAAAACAGUAUCUUAAUAAAAAAGAUAAGAAAAAGCCAGUUUUAGAUGGGGGAAACCCAAAAAAAUCUUCACCAGAUGACAAAUCAAGUGAUGAAGAGGAAGAUGGGAAAGACCCGGAUAAGAAGAAAUUUGAGGCUCAAUUAACGGGGGCCAUUGUUAUGGAAAGUCCAAAUGUAAAAUGGGAAGAUGUUGCUGGACUAGAAGUUGCUAAAGAGUCUCUUAAAGAAGCAGUUAUAUUGCCUGUCAAAUUUCCUCAUUUGUUUACUGGUAAAAGAAAACCAUGGAAAGGAAUUCUACUUUUUGGGCCCCCAGGUACAGGCAAAUCCUAUUUAGCAAAGGCUGUGGCUACAGAGGCCAACAACUCCAAGUUUUUCACUGUUUCGUCGUCAGAUUUAGUUUCCAAGUGGUUGGGAGAGAGUGAGAAGUUAGUGAAAACACUAUUCCAUCUGGCCAGAGAACACAGACCAGCCAUCAUCUUUAUAGAUGAAGUUGACGCCUUGUGUGGCUCUAGGAGUGAGAAUGAAUCAGAAUCAGCAAGACGUAUAAAAACUGAAUUUUUAGUUCAAAUGCAAGGUGUGGGUAAUGACAAUGAUGGGAUUUUAGUGCUUGGAGCUACAAAUAUUCCGUGGGCAUUAGACUCUGCCAUCCGAAGAAGGUUUGAGAAGAGAAUCUACAUCCCAUUGCCAGAAGCCCCAGCAAGAGCUGAAAUGUUUAAACUUCACCUUGGCUCUACCCCUCAUUCUUUGACUGAGGAGGAUAUUAGAGAACUCGGCCAAAGAACAGAAGGCUACUCAGGUGCUGAUAUCAGUGUUGUUGUGAGAGAUGCCCUGAUGAUGCCUGUUAGAAAAGUUCAAACUGCCACACAUUUCAGAAAGGUGAGGGGACCCUGCAGGAACAACCCAAGUGUUACAGUUGAUGACUUGUUAACCCCAUGCUCACCAGGUGCUCCAGGUGCCAUAGAGAUGAGCUGGAUGGAUGUACCUGGAGAUAAGCUGCUGGAACCUAUUGUAUCAAAGACUGACAUGCUGAUGGCUAUUAGCAGUUCAAAGCCAACUGUAAACAGUGAUGAUUUAAAGCGACUACAAAAAUUCACAGAUGAUUUUGGCAUGGAAGGUUGACACACCUGGCUAGUACAUUUGGGGGGAGAGGACUGAAAUCAUAAAAUCACACAAGAAUACAAAAGCCUGUUCUAAGGUUACUGAGGCUCUGGACUAUAAAUUAGCUAUCAGUAAAACAUCACAUAGGAUCUGCUAGGAGUAGCCUGUCUUUUUUUUCCUGUUCUUUUUUUGAUGGAUGACUAUGAGGUAUGACUCUCAUGCAAUGACUGUUUUGCCUUUGUUCAAAUAUAUCAAGUAGUUCUGGACUGUUAUUUGUAUGUUCUAUUGAAAAAAAUUUUUUUAGAUUAAAAUUAUUACAGGCUUUAUUUUUAAAAGUGGUAUAUUGUGUCUAAUCUAAGGAAUAAUUAUAGUGUAUACAUAUAACUUUUAAAAAUGUAAAAUUUCAAUACAUAUUCAAAGACUUGGAAGGGGAUAUUUAAUUUUGAGAUGUAAAAAUAUUGUGUGAUGUGGACAGUCUGAGUUUGUUAUAUUUUAAUAAGCUAGUAAUGUUAUUUAUCUAACAUAUUAGUAAUGAUUAAUAUGAUUAUCAUUAGUUGAGAUUUCAACUUUUUGCUGAUUAGUAAAAAAAAAUACGAUUUUCACUAUUCACAUCAAACACUAAAGACGUGCCGAUCAUGCAACUAUAUUCUGUAUCAACGUUUUAUUUUGUAUGUCUGUGAUACCCAUCAUUCUUCUUGUGCUUGUUUUUGUGAAGUCUGUGUCUUGAAUCAAAUCGUUUGUACAUUUUUUAAAGAAAAUAGUGCAUCCAUGUGUUACUUGGAUGCAGUUAAUCCAUCAACUUUGAAGAGGAUUCAUAAUUCUGAUGUGAAUGUUUUCUAGUGAAUAAACCAUCACUGAACACAGUUUUAAAUUGUUAUUUAAAUUAAAUGUUAUGUGUAAUUCAACGUCUUAAAUUAGUGUUUUCUCUCAAUACAAACGUAAUUUUGUUUUCUACCCAAGUUUCUAGACGGGUAUGAAAUAAAUUCUUUGAAAUCAAAAUACUGAUGUUUUGUGUUUUGCUAAUCAAUGAAUAUGGAAUGAGAGAAAAUGAAAAUAAUUGUUCCUUGGGCAAAGAAAAUAUAAAACAACAAUUUUGUGGUAAUUAAAUAGUUUUACACAAAAAUGA